UUUACUCCCCUCUUCCCUCCACCUCUGUUUCCCAGAGCUCGAAUCCUCUGAGUCGUAGACUGAGGCUGAGACGUCCCGGGGGGGCGUAAGUAACUCUAAAGAGAUCCUGCCGUAGCCGAAUGAAGUGUACCUGCCAGAGCUGCCCCAAAAGUGCUGGAACCUGGGGGCUCCUGCGCUGGAGUGGAAGGAAAUUCUUUGGACUGCUGGGGAAAAGCAUCAGAGACCGCCUGCUGUCCUUAGAGCCUAGGUCCUCGGAGCCUAGGUCAGAUCAGCGGACAUCAGCAUGACAGAGAGAUCCUGGUGCUGCUCUCUAGAAAUAGUUCGGAAGAGGCUUCCUAUCCUGGGAUGGCUUCCCCACUACUCCCUGAAGUGGUUACAACUGGACAGCAUUGCUGGGUUAACUGUGGGGCUGACUGUUGUGCCCCAGGCUCUGGCCUAUGCUGAGGUGGCUGGGCUACCUGUCCAGUAUGGCCUCUACUCCUCCUUCAUGGGAUGUUUUGUGUAUUUUUUCCUGGGCACCUCCCGGGAUGUGACCUUGGGCCCCACAGCCAUCAUGUCCUUGCUGGUUUCCUUCUACGCCUUACACCAGCCUGCCUAUGCCGUGCUCCUAGCUUUCCUCUCUGGCUGUAUCCAGUUAGCCAUGGGGAUUCUGCACUUGGGGUUCUUGUUGGACUUCAUUUCCUAUCCUGUUAUUAAAGGCUUCACGUCAGCUGCCUCGAUCACCAUUGGGUUUGGCCAGAUCAAGAACCUCCUGGGUCUGCGUGACAUCCCUCAGCAGUUUUUCCUUCAGGUGUAUUACACCUUCCUCAGAGUUGGGCAGACCAGGAUAGGAGAUGCUUCCCUAGGGUUGGUCUGCAUGGUGCUCCUCCUACUGCUGAAGGUGAUGAGGGACCAGGUGCCACCCCUCCACCGGCAAAUGCCACCUUGUGUCCGGCUUAGCCACCUGCUAGUCUGGACCAUUGCAACAGCCCGCAAUGCUCUAGUGAUACUGUUUGCUGGCCUGGUUGCCUACUCCUUCCAGGUGAUGGGAUCUCAGCCAUUCCUUCUGACUGGGAAAACUGCAGAAGGUCUACCUCCCUUCCAGCUUCCUCCCUUCUCUGUGGCCACCCCCAAUGGGACUGUGUCCUUUAACCAAAUAGUACAGGAUAUGGGUGUUGGGCUGGCUGUGGUGCCCCUAAUGGCCCUGUUGGAAAGCAUCACUAUUGCCAAAACCUUUGCAUCUCAGAACAACUACCACAUUGAUUCCAACCAAGAGCUGCUGGCCAUUGGCCUCACCAAUUUACUGGGCUCCUUUGUUUCCUCCUACCCUGUCACAGGCAGCUUUGGACGGACAGCAGUGAAUGCCCAAACAGGGGUAUGUACUCCAGCAGGAGGACUGGUGACAGGAGUCCUGGUAAUGUUAUCUCUCGCUUACUUGACUCCACUUUUCUACUAUAUUCCCAAGGCCGCUCUGGCGGCUGUCAUCAUCACAGCUGUUGCCCCCCUGUUUGAUGCCAAAAUCUUACGGACAGUCUGGCGUGUGAAAAGGAUGGAUUUGGUGCCAUUGUGUGUAACUUUCUUGCUCUGUUUUUGGGAAGUGCAGUAUGGCAUCCUGGCUGGGAUCCUAGUGUCUGGAAUACUCCUACUUUACCAUGUGGCCAGACCCCGGAUUCAGGUAUCAAAAGGCCCCGUGCUUAUCCUGCAGCCCAUCAGUGGCCUUCACUUUCCAGCAGUUGAAGCUCUUCGGGAGACUAUAUAUAGCCAGGCUCUCUCAGCAUCACCCCCAUGUUGCACCAUCUUGGACUGUACCCAUGUCAGCAACAUUGAUUAUACAGUGGUGACAGGACUUGGGGAAUUGCUAGAAGAGUUUGGAAAUCAUGGGGCCUCCUUAGUUUUUGCCAAGUUACAGGCUCCUGUUCUUUCUGACCUUCUGUCUGCUGACCUGAAAGGAUUCCAACAUUUCUCCACCCUUGAAGAAGCAGAGAAAUACCUGAGUGAAGAGUGAAGUUUCUAGCCCUAUAAUGUCAAUGAAGACUCCACCAGAAUCCAGGAUUGUCCCACUAAUGCCAACCAAUUGGCCUUAUUCUGUGGCACGAGAUGAUGAAAAGACCUUUCUAUCAGCAUACGCCAUUGAUCUGUGGACUUCUCUUGUAAUGCAUCUUUUGGACUGGUGUACUCAAAGAAAACCCCAGUAGGUGGCACUAUGGAGAAAUGAUGGAAGAAAGACCUAUUCAUCUUAAAAUGGACUUGGACCUUUGGGGAGCAACAGUUGAGCAUCUGGGUAGGAAGAGUGAUAACUUCUAAUUGAAAAUGGUUCUUGUUCCUCUUCUCACCUCCUUGACCCACUCCUUUUACCACUCGUCCAUAUUUAGACUUACCUAUUCCAAACAGUAAGAGAGCUUCCUAACAAAUCUCAAGUAAUACAUGGGCCUUCCCUUGAGCUUUGCCCUCAGAAUUGAGUCAUGUAGAUACAAAGAGAUCCUUUAACCUGGGGCUUUGGUUGGGUUGUGGACUUUGGAAGCUGUAUUGAGAAGGGAAGGAGCAUGGCAGUGAAGGCAGGAGGAGACUGUAUUGGGGAUGACUCCCUGAGUCUAUUAUUCUAGCAUUAGAGGGAGGAUAAUGACUCUCCUUGAUAAUAAAAUUAGAACUGGAAAGGACCUAAGCAAAUGUCUUAGCCCAUCCCUCUCACUUUACAGGUGAGGAAAGUGAAGACCAGGAAAGUUAAGGAGUGACCCAUCCAGUUGACCUUGGAUAGUAAAUAUCAGAGCUGGGAUUAGAACCCAGAUCAUGGCACAAUGGAUAGAGUACAGGGCCUGAAAUC